AUGGAGUGUCCCCGACACAGCAAGCCUCAAUCUAAAUGGACUAUUGUCUUCGACCCGCUUGCUCGCAACCACUACAAUGUCGUUUCUAUGCUCGUGGAGCACCUGGCAUCGUUGCGCCUCGUGGAUAACACACACGUCUGGACUACCCCGUUGAAGAUCGAGGACAGCGGUGUCUUUGUGCUGAACUUUGCCAAGUCGAUUGUGGAGGAGCUGGGAAGCAGUGACAGCGGUUCAAGCGUGGAGAGGAGCGCCGGCUACUUUCGUCUCUACGAACCAUAA